CCUUAAAAGUAGUUAGCGAUCUAGCUCUAGGCAUUGAUAGCCCGGUUUAUUCUCAAAAAUCUAGGUUAAAAGUUCACUUCUAACCAGGAUUUGCGACAUUUCUCCUUUUAGGAUAAACUGGCGUGGUUGUCGGACGGAGGAGGACCGAGCGGGGCGUGCUUGCUGGCUAUCCCCGACUCCCGAAAAGCGACCGCAAUCCCGGGGAAGAGAUCUGGGAUUCUGCGCUUGGUUCGGAGGACUCCAGCUGGAUGUGACAAGCUGGACAUCACGUAAGCACCCAGAUCACGCGCAGAAAGUGCCUUUUAAGACCACUGCUCCUACUUGAAGAACAACAAACAAAAAUCAACGUUUAUCGAGAUAAUUUGUGGACCUAUCUUCUCUACUCCGCUCUGUGCUGCUAGCAAGGUUUUUGAACAAAGAAAGCCAUGUUGUAUUGUUGCUUUAAAUAGCAUCGCAUCCAGGUAUAAUCACUCAUAUAACGACAUUUUGGGGACGAGUUGUUGGUUGUGUGCAACUAUUUUAAGCAAGCAAUGCCAUCUCCUCUUCAUUUCUCAUUUUGUAUAGUUUAAUUUUAAAUAAUUAGCUCAUUAACGGACCUGUAACUUCUCAUGUUCCCUUUAAAACCAAUAUAUAAUAAUUUAACUACAAGGACAAAUCCUAUCUGGACUUUUUAAUCUACAUGUUAACCAUUUUUAGCUUUUGCUGAUUGAAUUUUUAUGAUUUUUUAAACAACAACAAGGAGAGUUGGCGUUUGGCAACUGGGACAUUGCUAGCCGACAUUAUGGCUCUAAACAUAGCCUCAAUAAGGGACACAAAAUGGCUGACACUGGAGGUGUGUAGACAGUUUCAGAGAGGGACGUGUUCGAGAAGUGACGAGGAAUGCAAGUUUGCCCAUCCGCCCAAAAGCUGCACUGUGGACAACGGCAGAGUCAUCGCCUGUUUCGACUCCUUAAAGGGCCGUUGCACGAGAGAAAACUGUAAGUACCUCCAUCCUCCGGCUCACCUCAAAACCCAACUGGAGAUAAACGGACGAAACAACCUGAUCCAACAGAAGACCGCGGCAGCCAUGUUGGCUCAACAAAUGCAGUUCAUGAUCCCAGGAACCACCAUGCAGCCUGUGACAUUCCCAGUGGGGCAGACUCUUGGCUCAGGCGCUGGUCUCAGUUACUCCCCUUACAUCACUCCCAUGUCCCAUAGUGUGAGCCUGGUGCCUUCAGACCUCCUUCCCUCCGCUCCAGUGAUCGUACCAGGAAGUCCCUCUGUCUCUGUGGGAACUGCGAACUCAGCCGGACAGAAGCUACUGCGCACCGAUAAACUAGAGGUUUGCCGUGAGUUCCAGCGUGGUAACUGUGCUCGAGGUGAGACCGACUGCAGGUUCGCUCAUCCCUCUGACUCCCCGAUGAUUGACACCAGCGACAACACCGUCACUGUCUGCAUGGAUUUUAUCAAGAGCCGCUGCGCCAGAGAAAAGUGCAAAUACUUCCACCCUCCGGCUCACCUCCAGGCCAAGAUCAAGGCCGCGCAGCACCAGGCUAACCAAAGCGCUGUGGCUGCACAGGCGGCUGCGAUGACACACUCCGCCGCCAAAGUACUGAAGCGUCCCCACGAGGCAACCGUAGACAUGGCCUUUCCACACGGAGUUUUGCAGCCGUUACCAAAGAGACCAGCACUGGACAAAACCAAUGGAGCAUCUUCUCUGUUCAACCCAAAUGUUCUGCACUAUCAGCAAGCUCUGGCCAAUGCACAACUACAGCAGCCCGCCUUCUUCCCCACAGGAUCAGUGUUGUGCAUGACGCCUGCUACCAGUCUGGAUCAUCCUGAAGUGAGCAUGGACACCAAGGACGGAGAAGACGCACUCGCAAGCCCCAAACCUCCGCUUUGUAAAUACUAUAUCUCCAAUGCCAUAGAACUACAGCAACCUGCAUGUUAAAAACUCAAGUAUCCACUCAAAAUACAAAAUACAAAAAAGUACCUAUAACUCUCAAAUUCUCAAAAAUAUUCUUAUGUACAGUAGAUAUAGAAGAAAGGCCAUGUUAACCAACCAAAACAGUGAUAGUGCUACUUAACUUUGAAUGGAACUUGAAACUUUUUGAUUUUACAAUAUUGAAUGUCCAGCUGGAGAAGACACUAAACUCCAGAUGCCAUUUGUUUUUUCUUCAUUAUAAUUUAAAAAACUUUUCAACAUCGCCAUGACAAUUAGAAGAAAUUCACCAUGGAAACGUCAAAUCGCCAAAAUUGGAGAAAGCCAGAGUUUGCUCUACCAUCAACUUCACCAAAUAUGUACUCUUAAGAAUUGUUUCACGUAAAAUUUCAAAAUUCAAAAAACUUUUUCUUCAUUGCCAUGACAACAAGAAGAAAUUCACCAUGGAAACAUCAAAUUACCAAAAUUGAGAGAAAAAAAAAAUCGUUACACCAUCACUUUCAACAACUAGUUAUUGUUUGAUGAGUACGGAAACAUCAAAUGGACAAAAUAAAAAUAAAUAUUUAUUUACAUUUUUUUUUUCAUAAUUUUUUUUUUUUUCAUUUUCCUUGCGCCAAUGACGAGAAGAAGAAAUACAGCAUGGAAAUAUUAAAUCCCCAAAAUUAGAAAAAGACAGUUCAAAAAGUCAACUAUUUAUUGUUAAGACUUAUUUCCAUCAAAAUUUUAAAAUUCAUAAAACUUUUCUUCAUCGCCAUGACAACAAGAAAUUCAGCAUCGAAACAUCAAAUCAUCAAAAUUGGAAAGAAGCCAGUUUUUGCAUCAAAUCCAACUGCUAUUUAUUGUUAAAAAGAAGAAAAUUGUGCACAUUUUUUGCAUGCAAUGAAUAAGAAGUUUAAUGAUUGAUUUUGAACGGUCUGCCGGCAGACUUGGAGUUUGGGAUCCCAAGCUUGAAAAUGGGUUUUAAAGUGCUAAAAUAUGUAAAAAAAAAUAGAGGUGCGUUUGACAAAUAAAAAGAUAUGACUUGAACUUAGGAGCAGAGGGCUAGCUUUUGUCGUUUGAACUUUAACCCUUCUGUCACCGAAAUCCUUCAUGUUAGGAAAAGAAAAACAUUUGUAGAAGAAGUGCCUAAAAUCGCUCAUCGAAAACAUAAAAAAAUUCACAUUUAUAGAAAAAUUUGCUGAAAUUUUGGCAAUUUUUUCAUUUUCAUGGACCUUGUUUGAGAAAUGUUGUUAAGUGACUUCAAAUAAGAAGAAAUAGACAAAUCAGAUUAGCUGUUUGGUGAUGUUAAGAGUGAGAUUUGUUGAUGGGGGUGUCACGAUUCACCAAAAUAAAAUUAAACUAAUUGCUGUACAAAAUGACAAAUAUUUAAUGUUUUCAUCAUUUUCAGUCUAAUGUAGAGCUUUUUAGACACUGAGACUUGCCCUACAUUAUAUUAUCUGUAGCCACAACUGCCCUGGGGCGGAUUGACAGAAGUGUGGUUUCCAAUCUACACCGAUGGCAUCCCCAGCCAAUCACACACAUCUACAACGAAUCACACAUCACAUGUACAACAAAUCACACAUGACAUCUACAACCAAUCACACAUGACAUCUACAACCAAUCACACGUUAUAUUCAAACAUAGAUACGUCGAGAGAAGUGUCUUGGCCAAUAAUGCAACAAUUGUACACACUAUUUUGCACUGCAGUUUGAAACUUUAUAUUCCUAUUUUGUCAAUACAAUACAAGUCAAUACAUAACUUCACUAAUAUAACAUAACUUCACAAAUUUUACAUUUUGGCUUCAUAUUCCAAAUUCCGAAUAAUUAAAGUUUCUGUACCUGAUUUUUACUGUCUUAAAAUGUAAAAAAUGGAACUAGUUUAAACUGUUUGCAGUGUCCAAAGUUAUUUCUCACUUACAUUAUGCAUUCUGAACAUCCUCAUUACUCUCCAUGAUGAGUUUAUAAGCACUUUUCACAACUUUCAGAGACCGGAGCGGAGCUAACAACAACUAGCAUGCUAAUGUAUACUUCCUGAUUCUUGGACAGUAAAACACUUUAUAAUUAGCUGCAAACACAGAGUGGACAUCUGGUACAGGACCUUUAAAUAGCCUACUUAUAUCGUUUGCAACAUUAAUCAGAUUCAGUGUCAUUCAAAGGUUUCUCUAACUCCUCCCAGUUAACAGUGAUACGCUGGUUCAUAAGUGUCAGUGUGUUGAUCGAGCAAGACACCUGCACAAAAUAUACAACAGCAAACUGUAUACUGACUUUGGGAAUCUAACCACCAACCUUCAUCUUAAUAAGCAAACUUCUCUACCAAUUGAGCCACUGCUAACCAAAUUCUUUAUCAACUUUUAGUAAAUCUAAACAAGAGAUUAGAUUUAGAUUUCAGUUUUGCAAUUUUAGAUUUUAGAUGUAGUUUUGGAAUUCUGUAUCAAGUUUUGGUUUAAAAUCGUGACACCCCUGAUUCAUUUUGACCAUGUUUUUGAGUAGUUUACACAAAGAAUGUGAGUGAGAAAAAAAUGUAUUGUGAAAUUGUAAUGUUUGUUCAAGUAUCUUUUAUUUUGAAACAUUUUUAGAAAUGUUAUUUAAAAAGAUCAAAUGUAUUGUCUGGUUUCUAGGUAUGUUUGGACUGGUUCAUCUUUAAAGAGGGGGUAUUAUGAAAAAUCCCAUGUUCCCUCAUCAAAAACAUGCCUGAAGAGGUUUUACAUGUCAUCCAUGCAUGUUUGAGUAAUCUAGCAAGCUUUAUUCGAACCCUCCUUACAGUUAGCAGUACAACCCUGUACAAGGCUCCACCCACAAGCCUGUAUCACCCAUGCUCCCACAGGAGAAUUCACCAUGAAUAUACAAAAAUGAUACAAAACAAUACACUACAGCUUCACAAACCGGAUGUGAUGUGCAGUAGUUUCAGUAGUGGGAUGCACACUUGUGAUAGUGCUCUGAAGGGGGAGGGACUUAGCACAGAGAGCAAAGGGAGGGGAGACUCAGAGCAUCAAAAAAAGAAAGUGAAACUUAUAAAACAUGUUAAUAUGUUUUAGGCGAAUAUAGCAUUUUCAAAACAAUAAAAGGAUACAUGGAGAUCUAUAUCUAUAAUAGCAGUUAGAAGUGUAAUACCCCUUCUUUAAAAAAACAAAACAAAAAAAAAACCAUUUUAUUUUACAACAUUUUUGGAUGUAAUUUCAUGGUGCUUGAAAUACAUUGACAAUCCACCAUCACUUUAACACAGGAUAUUUUGAUUUUCUUAUGUCCAACAUACAUUAUAAUACUUCUGUAAAGUUUUGGCAGAUGGUUUGAAAAAAGUUUGAUUUUGUUGUUACUAUUGGUCAAAUUUUAGUCGCAAAAUUGUUGUAUUUUCAGAUGAAUGUAAUUUAUUAACCUGUGCUGCGUUCUGUGCGAUUGGUCAUUUUGAAGGUCUCGUCUAUCUGCGAAUCAGAAGUGAGGAUUUAGAGAGAGAGGCGGGACUUAUGCAGCAUUCAUGUGGUCAUUGGAUGGUCCUUUUCCAAAUGAGGAAGAUUUUGGUUGAAUGAGUUAAUUUUUUAUAAAUUCAUUUAUCCAUAACCAGUCCAUAGCUUUUUAUUUGAAGUAUUUGAUGUAUGACACUUUUGUGAAUUUUACGUAUUUUUAAGUAUUUCUUUGUAUUUUUAUUUUUAAGUAUUUAAAAUUUGAAGAAAUUCUUAUGUUAAGAGUUUAAAUGAGUUUUACCAGGCAUAGUAAUGCCAAUCAUUUUCAGUCUCAAGAACAUUUAAAGGUGCAUUGUGUAACUUUCCUGGUGAGGGUCUGUCACAUUCUUGUCUCCACAGUAUGUCCUCAAUCUGUACUUUCUUGCAUUUAUUCAGUUAAGGUGUUUUAUUGCCUUAAAAACAUGCAUUCUUACUGUGACUGGGCUUGCCUCUCCACAGAUCUGAUGUGUAACUUCGCGUGGUGGCAUUGCCUGCUUGUCUUCAUAGAAAUAGAUUAAGGCUAGUAGUUUAAUGCCAUACUGUGGAACACUCUAGGCAAAACAGUAGCAUUUACAUGGAGAAAAGCAGUGGUGGCCUCUCACCAGAAAAGUUACAUAGUGCAGCUUUAAACUUCAGCUAAAUGCUAUAAUUAAGCAUUUUAUAAGAAUUAAUAUUUUGAUCACAUGGGACAAUCUAAACCACAUGCAUGCCACAUAUAACCCAUUAAAUGUAUAGCCUCUUUUUCCUGUCUUCUCAUUGGCCCAAAACGAUCACAUGUCGCAGUAACGUCGCCACAGUUAUAGCAUUGUGUUGUUGGAAAAAAAUGUUUAUUGUACAGAAAACAUUUUACCAAAAAAAUCUCUAUAAAAGUAAAAAAAGAUGUAAUUUUGACUCUAGUGUGACGAUAAUAUUUGUUGCAAUGACUAAAAGUGGGGUAUUUUUGUAAAUGAUAAAAGGUUUUGUUCAGAUGUAACCAGGUAGACUGUAAAAAAGCUAUUUCACUUACAAAUAUUUUCUUUAUAGCAAAAAACAUCUGUACUUGUAACACUACUAGAUUUCAAAUGUUGAUGUUACAUAGUUUAUAUAUAUGGCUAUUACAGAUAUAUAUUAAGACAAAAUCAUUUAUGAACUAUAAGGCCUUUUGGUUCCACUGCUUCAGUCACUGUAUCACUAAAAAGACUUGCACUUUUUCUAUUGUAAUGGGAAAUAUUAAAGGAACUGUAUGUAGUAUUUUGAUUUUCCAUAAACGUGACCUCUCUGUGUCUCCAGAUACAAGGUAAACAUGAUCAAAUAACAAAUAAAGAUAACAAGUGUAAUGCUAAAUUAUUCUAAAUGACAAAAACACUGGACAUGAUGGAGAAGUCUUUUAUGUUAUAAUUUGGUGUUUCAUCCAAUCAGAAAGCAGAAUGAGCCUUACAUGACUCUCUCAUUUGGGUUGUCAGGUCCAAUGCUAAAAUCCAGUUGGUUUAAACCUAAAAUGCUUCUCUCUGAUCUGAUUGGUCACUAUCUAAACCCCAGCACCUGCAGCCUCAUGACUCUGUGCAAGUGCAGCCUGUGCAGCUCAGUGAAUUUGGAGGUUCUUUCACAUGAGGCCUGUUCACACACUGACAGUGAGACACACAUGUACUGUAUGUGUCGCUGCAGGUCAAGGCUCUGAACACACAGGCUCAGAUGGGAAUGUAGUACCUUUUCAAACAGUAAGAGGCAGGAUACAUACAGUUCCUUUAAGUUUUGAAUGGUCUACUUUUAUGCUUCUUCAGUUUAAAUUGAUGUUAAGUUUGCAAAAAAUGGGUUUACAAGUCUCUAAAUUACAACAUGAAAUUUGAAAAUUACAUCAAAUUGCAAUAUAUUUUAAUUUGAAAAAGAAUGAGUCAUUCUUGGCUUGAUGUAACUGGAAAACUUGAAAUAAUAAUGUUUAAAAUGAAUAUCGUCAGUCAAAUUCCUCCAUCUAUGAUCCAGACUUAAUAAGCUGACAGCCUAUACAUACACACUUUAUAUGUUCAAAUAUCAAAAUUUUGAAAAGCGUGUCAGUUGCUCCCUUUUCAUGUUUUGCAGGUGUAUAAAUUAUCAUUUUUCCGCCUCAUACACAAAGUAGCAACUACAAAGCCAUAAUUUGAAUAUAAUUAUGAAAAGAAUCAUAAGAGUAGACCUAGAAACAACACUACACCUGGGAUCAUCAGUUCAUAAAUAUUACUUACAACUUGCUGCAUGGACAGUUACUUUCUACUUUAAAAAUCUUGAAUGUUUCUUGAAAAAAAAUGUACUCCUCGAGCCUCUUUUGACCCAUGUUAAUUUAUCAAAUGACUUUUAAUGUUUGGAUAUCGUUUGACUGAUGGUAUAGUUCAAAUGUAUAGCACUUUUGGAACAACUUUGCCUUAUCUGAGUGCUUCAAAUGGGUUUAAAAGACAAGACUUGAAUGAAUGGUUUUAACUUCAAAUUGAAUUUUAGGUUUAUUUCAAUGAAUUUUAAAGAGGAAGUAUUAUGCAAAUCAACUUUUUAGAGAUUUCUACCAUGUUAUAAUUCUUAAUGUUCUUAAUGUUGUUCAUCAAAAAAUAUACCUGGAGAUAUUUUAGAUGUCAUCCAUGCAUGUUUGAGUAAUCUAGUGAUCUCUCUCUGGCCUUGUUCGAACCCUCCCUACGGUUAGCUGUAAGAUUUGUCCAAUGCUUCGCCCACAAGCCACCAUCACCCAUGCUCCCACAUGACAAUUCUCCAUAAAUAUACAAAAAUAUGAUACAAAAUAAUAAACUACAGCUUCACAAACCUGAUCCAAUGUGCAGUUUCAUUAGCGAGAUGCACAAGAGAGCAAAGGAAGGGGGGGCUGAAACUAAUUACAUAUUUUAAUGAAUUGUUUUGGGCAAAUAUAGCAUUUUCAAAACUAUAAAAGGAAACAUGGAGAUCUAAAUAUGUUAAGACUCCAUAGAAGUGUAAUACUCCCUCUUUAAACUCUUAUUUCAACAGCAGGCACUGGUUUCUGGUUCUCUAUGACAUUGUCUCAUUGCCUUAUGUACAAUGGACCUGUAGUUGUAGCUUUAGACACCAGGGGGCACCACAAAAUCGUGACUGCUAGUGCCAUUUAUGUUUUGGUUUAUUCCCCCCAAAUUGUUAUGAAAAAUCACUGUAUUGGAUGUAAUCAUUUAAUGUGUUUUUGCAUAUAUUUUGUGCUACUUUACGUUCUAUAGUCGAAUGUUUUUGGUUAAAGCAGGAUAGUGUAAGAUUUAUUGAAA